UCUCUAAUUUUUUCUGGAGCAGUGAAAGCCCAAGCCUCAUUUAAGACGUAACAUCCAAAGUCCCAUCUGUUCACACUCUCUCCAUUACUGCACUUUCAAAGCUCGCCAACGGCCAUAGCUUUGUUUUCAUCGACAGAGCACUAUAUAUAAAUCAAUUUAUUGUCAAGCAUUAUUAGUUCCUUAUUCGUAUUGUCUGAAUCUGAGAUUCCUCUUCUGUUAUUCUGGGCCACUGACUUGCUGGAAAUGGCUGCAAACACAACUCCUGGAUUGCAAAUCCGAGCAACCGAACAAUGCAUUUCCGCAUCUCGCAAUAUUUCAAAUAUGACCAGUAUAAGUUUCAGUUUUGAAAGUAAAAGAAAAUCUUUUACAGAUUUUAGAGGUUCAUCUUACAUCUCGCUCAGCAAGCCAAUCGAUAGAUCCAAAUUGACUCCGAUAAAAUUUGAAAAGAUGGCUACUAAAGCAAUGUCUGGAGCAAGUGAACAAGUGCCAGUUUCAGGAUUACCUAUCGAUUUGAGAGGUAAGAGGGCAUUUAUUGCUGGCAUAGCAGAUGAUAAUGGGUAUGGGUGGGCAAUAGCAAAGUCUCUUGCAGCUGCAGGGGCUGAGAUUCUUGUUGGUACAUGGGUCCCUGCACUGAACAUUUUCGAAACCAGUCUGCGGCGGGGGAAGUUUGAUGAUUCACGAGUGUUGCCAGAUGGAUCAUUGAUGGAAAUUACAAAGGUUUACCCUCUGGAUGCAGUUUUUGACAGUCCAGAAGAUGUUCCUGAGGAUGUCAAAACAAACAAGCGUUAUGCUGGAUCCUCAAAAUGGACUGUCAAGGAAGUUGCUGAAUGCGUUAAACAAGAUUUUGGCACUAUUGACAUCCUUGUACAUUCACUUGCAAAUGGUCCGGAG